ACCCAAUGAUGCCAAAUGGUCUAAUUAUACCGUUACAAGCAAUUAAAAGUCAUAAGAUAUGGUAAAAUUCUAAAAUAAAGGGUAUUAUACGAGGGACUAUUUUUCAAAAUGGCUGCCACCUGACAAUCGUGUUAUGACGUGCCUUUGCAGUGUUUAGCAAGAAGUUUCGUUGAAUUUUCUAGUAUUUCAAUGAGAUCAAUACAUUUUUGCACAGUUUUCUAGUGAAUAUAACUUUCAAGUAGCCAUUGGAUUGGUAACUUUAUGUUUUAGAGUAGCAGCGUAGGCGCAAAACGUGUUUACGAUAGGUCUUACUGGGAGACCUACAUUUUUCUGGUUCCAAAGAGAGAGGGGGUUACCCUCAAGGAUGAAGUCUAAUUCUUGGUUAUUCUGUCUGCUUCUUCGUCCAACGGAUUAAGAAUCGCUCUUUCUUAAUUCUGCAUGGAGGAACACGAUGAAUUCCAUCCAUUCAUCGAGGCGUUACUGCCACACGUCAGAUCUUUCUCAUAUACCUGGUUUAAUUUACAAGCCCAUAAACGCAAAUAUUACAAAAAACAUGAGAAACGCAUGUCCAUGGAAGAAGAGAGAAAAGUCAAAGAGGAAUUACAGAAUGAGAAGGCUGAAGUUAAACAGAAAUGGGCUUCCAGGUUAUUAGCGAAAUUACGGAAGGACAUAACACAAGAAUGUCGUGAGGACUUUGUGCUCAGUAUUACCGGUAAACGGCCGCCUGUUUGUGUUCUGAGCAAUCCAGAUCAAAAAGGAAAAAUGCGUCGUAUAGACUGUUUACGACAAGCGGAUAAAGUGUGGAGGCUGGACCUUGUUAUGGUGAUUUUAUUUAAAGCAAUACCUCUCGAGAGUACAGAUGGUGAGAGAUUGGAGAAAUCUCCAGACUGUAUGCAUCCAAAUCUUUGUGUUAAUCCCCAUCAUAUAAGUGUAUCAGUGCGCGAGUUAGAUCUCUAUCUAGCUAAUUUUAUACACAGUUAUGUUCCAGAUUCACGGGGAGAAUACGGUGAAAUACCCAUGAAUGGUGAACAAGAUAUAAAAGGUAAUUUUCACUCAGGUGUUUCAGGAAAUGACAGCAUUAUGGCAACUGGUGUUUUCUCGGCCAAAGAAUUAUUACGUGUCACAAGGUCUUCCAUAAUGAUGCCACAGAAUGGAACGCAUACCAUGUUACCUCCACCGAAAAUAGAAAGUCCAAAUUAUUACAACUAUAGUCCACAAGAACAAAAUAUGGUGCCAAUGCAGCACCAUAAUCUUCCUAAUGGACAAUCAGCCUUAAGUCCGGCUGGAAACCCCCAUAAGAGAUUAAAACGAAACACUAUAAGUUCAAUAUCUUCGGCAGAAGAUGAUGUUGAAAGUGUCGGCGAGGAAAAUGAGAUGGUGUAUUAUAAGCCUGCUGUCAGUAUGACAGGGCAGUCGACAUCCUGGCAAAGUGAUCAAAUGGAUCCUGGUUUAAACCACAGUCCAGCCAUGCAUUCAUCUCAUAUCAUCCACUCUAACAAACCGAAGCCUGAAGGCCGUCAGGGCUUUGUACCUGUCUCAGCUAACAACAAUCACGGACAGCAUGUAGCCCCGCCCUCUAGGACACUUAUCCCAACACCUCCACGACCCAUGAGUACCCAUACCCCGGGGAGCCUCCCUCCUGGCACCCCCCACCAUCAACAGGACAGCCCUAACGGUAACUCAGGUAUGCAACACCAUCAUAUGAUCUUGAAUUCAGGCCACGGUCAAGGUAGUCAUGUUAUGAAAUAUCAUCAAAACGAGAGUGGAGAUACCUUCUCCGAUUUCGUGACUCUUGUUUGUCAGGAGGCUCAAAAUGCUCAGAAUCAGGCCAGCCCGUCAAGCCCUUCCAUGAAAAGUCCAACAAAGUUGCCUCAUUUCUUUGCUGGCAUGUUACCUCCACCUCCCCCACCCCCACCGAAUCUGGCACGACCGGUUGCUAUUAUGAGAACAUCAGAUGGUCAGCAACCUGAUCAAUGUACCAGCCCCACUCCAUCAUCUGGAUCGUCUUCUGUUAACCAAGGAGGAAAUGCAUCUACAUCACCAGGCACACCACCUAUAAAUCGUGCUGUUGUAUCUAGUCCGUUUUCUGUACUAUCUCGACCUGAAUAUGCCUUUUCUCAUAUCCACCCUCAAGGACACCAAGGAAGUAUAGGGGUGUUUACCUAUCCCAGCAUUAGUCCAGUAAAUGCUAUAAGUGGAAUGAUAUCACCCACUACAUUGAGUUUGAUAGCUUCUCCAAUGGCUACCCCUCGUACAACACCCCGUUCAACCCCUGUACCUCGCUGGACGACCCCCUUUAUACCCCUAGAUGAAAAUAUGGACUACAAUAUGCUGGCUAAUAUAAUGCCUACUGUGAAUCCUGAGGAAUCUCUUCUAAAUGAAGAGCGUUAUUUUCCAGUAGUCCCGCAUGGUGAGGCAGUUGAUGCAUCUGUUGGGGCGGGAACAUCAAAUGCAGGGGGACAUACCCCAGUACCAACGCAAACUGGUGGUGCUCCACCUCCUCACCCGUCUCCUUCCUCUACCCCCAAACAUCAACAAACUGGAUGAUGAAGAUACCUCGAAAUAACUGAUCUUAGUGUUAAUCCUGUCAUCCGAACAUUAUAAAACACAGACUGUAGAAUGUUAUUUUGAUGACAGGAAGUUACUGAUGUCGGUUAUAAACUUGCUGGCAAGGGGUUGGAAUGCAAAUGGCACUGACAUGUGCUUGCUUGGCUGUGAUAGAGUUCGUUAUUAUUGUACAAAGGCCUGUUAUUAUUAUUAUGAUUAUAUUCUAAAUGUUGUGAAAGUGAUAUUAUCUAUCCUCUAGUUAUUUGUGUUAGUUUUAAGCUGGGAUAAUUAUCUCAAAUUGUACUACUACUUAACUAAACCUAUUUCAGUUUUGGAUGUCUUAAAAAUAAAUUUAUAUUAAAUUAAACCAUACAAUAUUUUGAAUAUUUCUCCCAAAUAUCCUUGGAUUGGCAACUCUUAUUAAAUAUUGCCUUUUAAUUUGACCUAGACUAUGUUAAUUGAUAUGGCUAUAGAAAUCCAGUGAUACAAAAUCAUACAAGUACAUUUCAAUAAGUUUGAUCAAAUAUAUGUUUGUAAAACACUGUUUUUUUGUGACAAUUAUCCCCCUUUGCUUUCCACUCUUUCACCCAGGUCUCAUGCGUUAAGAUUAUAUCACCUCACUAUUGAAAAUUACAAAAAAUAUAUCAAAUAAAGUAUCAUAUUUAUUAAGAAAAAUUUUAAACUAUAUAAAUUGGUUAUUGAUAUAGUAUACACACAUUUGAAAUUAAGUUGGAUUGAACUAAAAUACCCCUCAACUAAAAAUGAAUCAAGUAAAAUUGUUAAUAAAUUAUCUAUUAUGGCUUGGUUUAAAAGGAGGGGAUAUAGUUUGAGACACUUAAUUUCUAUAUGUGAACAUUAUUUUUUAAUUUAAUAUAAUGUUAUAUUGCAUCUAUUUCUUAACAUAAUUAGAUGUGUGUUUGUUGAAAAUUCUAUUUAGAAAUAGAAGAAAUAUUUAAUGAGAUUAUUUUUAAUUCGAUUGUUUUGAAAAAAGAAAAAAAAGCAGUUUUAAAUAGGAAAAAUAGUCACCUAUGGCUUUACAUGUUGCAUGUAUAGACGUAUAUUCAUGAAUACAAAUUUCUUAUCUUAAUAACAGAAGUAUCUUUUUUUUAAAAAAAGAUAUCUACUGGAUGAAGUAGAUUCUUAAACUAAUUAUUAUAUUUAUAAAAUAGGAUUUGUCAUUAUUACCAAUUAAAUAUUUUGUGGUAAAUACCGGUAAUGACAAUCAAAGAAUUUAGGUGAUAAAAAAUAUAAAUGAGUCAUAGGUAUUCUAGUUUAUUUAUUAAAAGGGCAGACCCUUGUUGAUAUGUGUGUUAAAUCGCAUUGACAUUUUGAUUAGCUCUUACGGUUUUAUCUCUUCAAAUUUUGACUGACUUAGACUCAGUUGAUGUAUGAGAGAUAUAUAAAGAAUUGAUUUUUCAUCAUAAAACUUAAAAGUAGUGAAACAACUGGUUCACUAAUUUUGUGGAUUUAAGAUGUUUAAAUCACACUGGGGUUGCUGUAUCAGUUGUUGAUAAACACCUUUGAUCAAAUCAAAUUGAUAAUUUGUUGCUUUUCUUCCAUGUAUUAUCAACAAAAACCAAAUAUACAAAUGAAAGCAGUCCUGCUCUUUUACACAAUAUGGUACAAGAGCUUUAUAGUUGUUAAUUAUCCCUGAAAUAUAUUCAUGUUGACAGACAUCAAAACAACUUUCAAAUAUCCUGAAACAAUUUCUUCCAGCUCUAAAAUAACUUUGUUUCAAAUGCUUGUGUUUUCCUAUUACGGUCCUUUUUUGAAUUCAUCGAACGGUUUAUUAAAUUGUUGUUUUGGAAUUGGAAUCUAGAAUAAAACUUCUUUUUUUUUUUAUUAUAAUUUUUUUGUAUAUUAACAUUGCUCUAUUUUAUAAAUUUAUAAAACAGCAUUAAACUAUGCAAUAUGUUAGGUUUUGUAUCAGUCUUUGUAUAAAAAACAUAGUUUUCCUCUUUGUGUGUAUAAUAUUUAUCUUAUAAAAUCAAUAAUGAUUUGAAUUAGGGCUUUUUUACUGGAUGGUAAUUACAAAUAUGCAAAUCUUGAUUAUCAAGAAAUGUCUGUAAGUGGAUCCUUUUUUUUCCAAAAAAAAAAAUCACGAAUUUUGUAGUGUAUAUGUACAGUAGAGUUGUAUGUAGAUUGCAGUGGUCACAAAUAAUUACAUUUGAAACAGAUCUGUUGGAGUGCAUGCAUUAUUAUGAAGAAGAAAAAAUGAUUUUUAGUUCAGAUAAGAUUUACUAUAUGCUAGGACGGAUAGAAAGUCAAUAAUUGACAGAAUUUAGAUGGUUAUUGGCAUAGACUUUUACUUCUGAAGCUUACAUGUUCAUGAUUAUUGUCUCAAAAUAUUAUUAUUCUCAUUGUUCAUAUUCAACUCUUAAUCUAAACAUCAAGUGGCUAACCCCAAAAAAUUGCUUUGUAUGGUUAAAAAAAAUAUAAUGAGAUUUUUAUGUUACUCCAGAUGGUAUCUAUCCAUUGUGUAUUUUUAUCUGAAAUCCUUUCGAAAGAUAACUUAUAUCAUUCAUUUAUUUAUUUAGAUACAGUAAUGUAUACAAAAUGUAUGAUAUUUGGCCGACUACCUCCUUAAAACAUUUAUUAUUUGAAAGUUAAGAUUAUAAUGAAUGGCUAAAGUUCAAAAAUGGUUGCCUUAAUGUACUGAAUCAUUAUUUGACAGUAGACCUACAUCAAAAGAAGUGAAAAUUGAUUAAUUUCAUAUCAAUUUGUAUUAAUUUCACUUGCAGUUUUUGAAAAAUCUGACAUUUAAUUAAAGAUUAAAUUAAUUUUUAGGAUAACAUGAAAAUGUGUUUAAUAUUUAUUUGAGAAAAAAAAUCUUACUUAAAUUUCUUUUAUUGUAAUGCAAAAUAUGGC